AUCCGCUCCCUCCGGUGGCUGGAGAUUUUCUCUUUCCUCGAACCGAUCUGUCCGCUUCGUCCGUCAGUCAUUCACUGUGGGAUCACGUUCUUUCUGUGUAUAAAUGCCUGCUGAAAAACCCAUGGCUGUUAGUUCUCAAGAUAUCAUAAUGAAAUCAGAGGAGCCUGAUGAUUUUCUGGAUAUUUUCAACAGACAAUCAAUAAGAAAAGAGUCCUUUACUCCCUCCCAGAGGGUCGAGAACAGUGUUGUCGAAUGGAUUCAGUUGCUUAAGGAUUUAGGUCUGCAAGAUCUUCCAGGGAUGCCUUUUCCUGCUCCUUUGAAGGUGCACGUGCAAAGGUGUGAUAAAUGUUCACAAGAAUUUAUUUCCCCCAUUAACUACAGGAGGCAUAUACACGUGCAUCAUAGAAUGAAAAAGACUGAUAAGGGUUCUUCCAAUAUCAGGGAUCCAUUGGGAGCAUUCUGGGAUAAGCUUUCUGUUGAAAAGGCACGGGAAGUUGUAUCAUUUGAUAAUGUUUUCCUGGAGGAAGUUCCAGGGUCUUCUGUUAUAAAAGAAUUGACAAAACUUGUAAGGAAUUCAGUGUUGCCUGCUUUGCCACGAGUCUAUUGGGGAGCUGGUUCUGCUCUUCUUGAUAUUGUUGAAAUUAGCUCUUCAACGUCUCCUUUAUCCUCCCAGGAAUUGUUUAGCAUCCUUGAUGAUGCAAGUGAAAAGACAUUCCUUUGUGGCACAGCUGAUUUGGUGCAAAGAUAUAUGUUUGAUGGGGGAGCACAAAAGAUUGGUCUUGAAAUCGAAAACCUUGUUGCUUGUACCAGCUUUCUGUUUGAACAGAAAUUGGUUAAAGAAUGGCUUGCUGAAAAGGAAGCUGAAGCUUUGAGGUUACAGAAGAUGCUGCUGGAGGAAGAAGAAGCUGUUCAAAAAAGGCAGCAAAAGAGAAGGCAGAAAAAGCUCAGGCAGAAAGAACGGAAAGCAAAGGAACAGAAAACUGUAGAUACAGCAGAAAUUGAGGACAGUGUUGGUGAUUCAUCUGAGGUUGCACUUCCUACAGAAACAUCUAGUUCUUCAGCUACAUCCGAUAGGGAUAGGCAAAAUUCAAAGGACAGUGUUGCAAAGGAUCAGGGACCUGUAGAUACGGCAGACAGUGUUGCAAAGGAUCAGGGACCUGUAGAUACGGCAGUAAUUAAGGACAGUGUUGGUGAUUCAUUGGAGGUUUUGCUUCCUACUGAAACAUCUAACUCUUCAGCUACAUCUGAUAGGGAUAGGCAAAAUUCAAAGGACAGUGUUGCAAAGGAUCAGGGACCUGUAGAUACGGCAGUGAUUAAGGACAGUGUUGGUGAUUCAUUGGAGGUUUUGCUUCCUACUGAAACAUCUAGCUUUUCAGCUACAUCUGGUAGGGAUGGUCAAAAUUCAGACACAUUGCCAGAUACGGAUCCGUCUAUUGAACCUGUCCAGUUUUCCAAAAAUGAGGAGGAUGUUGAUGGUGAAUCUCAGGUGACGUCUAGUAGUGGAUGUGAUGCAGGCCGUGGUCAGGAUGUUGAAAGACAAAUGGUACAAGGAAGUGGACAUCGGCAUAUGGUUGGUGAUCAACAGCAUGCACCUAUUAGAUCUCAACGUGAAAUAUCAAGUGGUUUCCGUCCACCGAAGUUUGGAGGCAAGCAAAAACAUGUAACCAUCAGGGAAAGGGCCAUUCCAGGCUAUGGAAAUAUAAUGCGGAGGCAAAAAUCUAAAUCAGUAGAUGAUGUGGGAAGUCUGAAAACCGGAGCACAUGCAGAGACAAUAGACCAACCAGCUGAGGAGAAGGUUAAUGUGGUAUUGAUCGGUUCCUUACCUGUCAAACUCUACCAUCACAAGUCUAGUAGUGUAGCUGAAGCCCAAGAUUGUUCCCUGGUAGAACAUCAAAUACCAAAGAGGAACAAUCUUCCAGAGAAGCCUAGCAAACCUGAAUCUGUUCGUAGUGGCUACCAGUCAACAGGAAAGUGUUGGAGGCCAGUAAGUCAUGGAAGCAGAAGUGUAGUGCCAGGUAAUAUUGGUGUUAAAGAAUUUGAUGCGGAAGUGAUUGCUGAAAAGAGUGCAGAUCAGACCUCCUCAAGUGAAGGCUGUCUAAUCUCAGAUGCAACUGAAGUUGUAAACACACCAGAAAGCCAGUAUGAAUUUGACGUGAAUGCUGCAAGAGAAUACCUUGCACAGACGUGGAAGGAGGUUCUUGAAGGUGGUGAAUAUACGAUCUUGAUUCUUGACUCUGAUAGUGAAUCUCCAAGGAAUGCUGCAGCUCAAACUGAAUCACCAGAUUCUCCCGAAAGUGGCAGUACAGACAAUGAAGAAAACAGGGCGAGUGUGGGCAGUGUUGUUGAGACUUCAGCUGGAACAGCUGCUGAAAGCCAAGUUCUGAAGAAAGCCUGAGAAGGGUACAAAACUGAAGUACGUUCCUGAACGAAGAAGUGGUACCUAACAACAAGAAGAUACAGUGAUUUUUGACUUCUGAGAUUUGCAUAGUAUAGCCAUAUGGUGGUAAUAUUCUUAGCAGAGGUUUCAGACUUUCAGUUUUACCAGUAGUCUUCUGUCAGAAAUUGAAGAAAAGAUUUUACCGGAAAGAUUCUUAUGAUUCCAUCUUUUCUUUUCUUUUUUUUUUCUGGUAUGGUGCACCAUUAGUGAAGGUUUAUCCUACAUCGUUCCCCCUUUUGGUUCAAAAUUUUUGGUGUAAUAAACUGAGGUUUUAGCCAUUGCAGAGGUGUUUUUGAGGUGGGAAGUGUACGGUUUCUUUUUCAUUUUGCCACACAAUUUACAUGUAUUGCAAGAAUUUUUUUCCCUCCAAAUAAUAAAUAAACAGAUCCGUUAAAA